AUGUCUACAUUUUAUCAAGAAUAUGAUUAUAGACUUUCUUCAUAUAAUUAUGGAACUGAAAUAUUAGGUGGAUUUGCAUUUCCUAUCACAGAACCUAUAUUAAAUAGUAAAAGAAUAAUAUCUCAACGAGAUCUCAAUGUUUCCCAAAGAAUUCCAGGAUUAGAACCAUUUUUACUUGGAUUUAGUACACCUUUAGUAAAUCGAACUAUAAACCAAAUCGGAGAUUCUAUGGAAGAAAAAACACACUAUGUUGAAAAUUCAUUUCAUACUACAACAAUAGAUUUUAAUAAAUAUGAAAGAAGAAAUGUUUUAUGUGGUAAUUAUAAUGAAAGUGAUAAACUUUUUUAUUUAUAUUCAGUUAAUGAAUUAGGAUCACAAAAAAAAAUAUAUGAACAUAUACUUGAACAUCAUGAAGGUGAGCGUAAAGUAGAAAUGCCUGAAAUUUGUUUAAAAAGAAGGGAUAAAAUAAAAGAAAUAAAUGAAAAAUGUGCAAUAAGUAUAUAUGAAUCUCUUAAUCCAAUUAUAGAAAUGUCAAUGUAUGAAAAUGAUAAUGGUCAAAAUAAAAUAUGGUUAAGAAAUACAAAAAGUUUAGAUUUGUUUGAUUGUAAAAGUAGGGAAGCUAAAAAAAUUUAUAAAGGUUAUGUAAAAGUACUUAAUCAAAUUCCUUAUAUGCCUGAUGAAAUUUGUUUUACUGAUUCAUCAGGUUUUGCAUGGUAUGGUGAAAUAGAAUCAGCAAAUUAUAUGAGAAUGAAAUUUAAUGAUCCUCUUAUUAAUCUUGUAACAACAGAUUCUCCAAGAACUUUUUAUGGGUCUAAUAAUACAUGUGUUUAUGAGUUUGAUUAUAGAGAGUGCAGUAAUGCACAAGAUAAUAUUGUUAUACAGGAAAGUAAUUUAUUAAGCGAUUGUUCAAGUAACGGUUAUGAUGAAUCUCAUGUUGAUGGAAAGUCUUUAUUUAGUAUAAAAUUUUUGAUUUCACCUCCUGAGCAUAGAAAUAAUCUUAUUUUAGUUACUAAUAGAUUCUACGCCUUAUUUGAUAAUAGAUAUUUAAGUAAACCAAUUUUACGAUUACCUCACAAUAUUUAUGAUGGUGGAGAUUAUGUUCAUUUUUCACAAAAAGGAAUAAAAUUUAAUCCCAGUUCAAAUAGUGAUAUCAAUGGCAAACUAUAUAUGAUUUAUAAUUUAUCAAAAAAUGUUGAACCAGGAGUUUGGUAUACUGGUUUGUUUCAUAAUGAAAAAGAAAAUAUUUUUUCUUCUACAAAUAUAACAUCUGAAUUACCUAAAUAUGAAAAUAUUGUUAAAUAUUUUUCAAACAAAAUACCCCGAGAUUUAAGACAUUAUCACAGUAAACUUGAUAAUUUAACAUAUGGUGUUUAUGCACGUAGUGUUUGUCACAUAACCCGAGAUGAUAAUUCAGAAAAAGGUUUUAUCUUUAGAUCUAAUUCUGAUGGUUCUAUUUGGUAUGAUGUAAUUGCUUUAAAUGCUCAUAAUUUAAGUUAUGAUGAAGUUAAUGCUACCACAAUUAACACAUGUAAUAAAUUUUGGAACAAUCAAAGUGUUUUAAUGGUAAAACAUUAUGUCGAUUGUGUUAGGUUUGAAAAAACACAAGCGGUUAAUACUCUUUGGAAUUGUUUGUUUUAUGGUUUUUCAAAUAAAUUGAAAAAGGAUAAACCUCCAUUCAAUCAAGUUACAUUAAAACUUCCUGAAUUAAGUGAAAUUAAAUCAAAGCCAUUAACAUUAGGUAUUACAAAAAAUAUUAAAGAAAAAACAAAUUUAGAUGGUCUAGUAAAACUAAUAAAAGAAAUGCCAGAAGAAUAUGAAUUAUCAAAUAUUGUAUUAAAGAAUAUGAAUUUGCCUGCAAAAAAUAAUUAA